CCCAAUAGAAGAACAAAGUGCACCAGAUAUGGACGAUAUUUUUCAUCUAAUAGUUCUAUCCCAUUCGCCGGAUCACAUCACUCAACAGGCCAAGAAUCGAGAUCUAGCUCUCGCGUAAGAUCGCAAGUAGGUUAUAGAUCACCAUCUGGAAGUCCAUCUCGUGAACGAGAUUCAUAUAUGGAAACUCUGUCAUCUGACCCUGAUGAAGCUUUGGCUGAAUUAAAGCGAAACAUCAACUUAUCGACUUAUGAAAAUUUUGAAGAAUUUCACCGACGAAUCAAAAAUUUGAAAUACAAUUCUUCUCCUGUUAUCACACGUUGGUUAUUUGAAAAUUUGCAGAAUGAAAAGCAAAGGCCAAGUGAGGAUGAAUACUUUCAUAAAUACCAUGAAGAUGCGUACCGUGUUUAUCAAUCUGGCCGCCUACUAAAAGUUGAGGAAUUCAAAAAACUUUGGAAUGAGGUUUUAUCUGAGAAGUACACCGCCAGAAAUGCUGCAAAAGAGUUUGUUUGCUUAAGUGAAAACCCUUCGUGCCAAUAUAAACACAAGAACAGUGUGGCAAUGAAGAAUCAUUUAUUUGCAAAGCAUUUAGGCAUAACAUUCGAAUGUUGCUGUGGACAGCCAAUUACUUAUUACGCUUCUUACACUGCUCACUAUUCUUUCAGCAGAUGUAAGUAUAAGGAUAGUGUUAAGAAACUACAAUCACAAUCGUCGGAAUGUAAUGAAAAAAACCUUGACAAAAUUUUUGUCAAAUACCAAAACGGUGCUUUCCGGCCUUAUCAAUCUGGUCUCCCAAUAACCGUUGACCAAUUUAGCAAGCUUUGGGAUGAAGCUCAGUCUGACGAGCGUGUGACUAAAAAUGGCAAAAAUUUUGUUUGCUCAUGUGAAAAUGAUGCUUGUGUCGCGAAUAGAUACAUGACCCCAAGUUUGCCAAAGACGAGGAUAUACGUCCUGACACACCAUUUCAAGUUGUCAUAUGAAUGCGUAUGCGGCAAAACAUUCUUAUCUUACGGUGGUUACACUGGUCACUACUCAACAAACAGAUGGAUGAUUUACACACUGAUUUACGCCGAUCAAAAGGCCAUCUAAAAACGGAUUUAUCCAGAAAGUACUGCAAGUGAUUCUGUGAGUGAUUACUUCAAGUUAAUAGCUGUAG